AACCAUCGAUCCCUGUCAUUCCAUUUUCGAGCUGGUGUCACAACGAUAAGAUCAAUUACGACAGAGACAUUCAGAGCUAUUUGGAAUGUUCUACAACCUCUGAUGAUGCCAACACCAGAUGAAAAUUGGUGGCGACAGAUUGCUUUAGAAUACAAUGAAAGAUUUGAUUUCCCUUUGUGUCUAGGGGCGAUCGACAGCAAACAUAUUCGCAUUAAGAAGCCUCAUCGGUCUGGAUCCAAGUAUUACAAUUACACAGGCUACGGCUGAAUAGUUCUCCUGGCCGUUUCAGACGCAAAUGGAAAAUUUGUGAUAGCGGAUGUGGGUUCCUAUGGUGGAAACAGUGACGGAGGCGUG